CCUUAUCUCUCUCUCAUCUCAUAUCAAGACCCAUCAUGAUCAUCACCAGCUCAAUUAUAUACCAAAAAGAGCCAAGGCAGAAAUAACCGAAAACCCGGUGUGAGUGCCACGAUUGGAUAGCUUCACUGGAUUUUUCCCCAGACUCCACACCGCGCAAAUCCCCAAAUCUGGGGAAGCUAGUUGGACCCGUCGGCUGACUAGCCGAGAACAAAAGAGGAGAUCACCAACAAACAAACCACUAGCAAUUUCUCCGAUAACCAAAAUGCAACUUCAGCCGCCGGGUCUUUCAAGUAGCCGAAUUACCGGCGAAAGCGACAUGAUUGGUGCUUCAGCGUUGUAAAAGCGAUAGCUCAACCAUUAUAUCGCAGCGUAGCUUCGUAAAAUAAGUGAGAUAUAAGUAUUCCAGAGGCCCGGCGGUUUUUUAUCUGCUUCCUUUGUUGUUUUACAACUAUAGUUCACGAUACCAGCAGUAAAAAAAUCACAAUGGCACCCUCACGGACCGACACCACCAGCAGCUUUGUGGGCUCUCACUCGACAGCUUCAGAAGUCAAGAUCACAGGAUUUGAAGCUCAUGCAGACCUGAGAUUUCCCACCAGUCUGGAUCUCUCUGGCUCAGAUGCCAUGAACCCAGGCCCCAACUACAGCGCGGCAUACAUCAUUCUCCAAACCAACACAGAUCUACAAGGCCAUGGCUUCGCAUUCACCAUUGGUCGUGGCAACAACCUAUGCACAGCCGCAGCCGAGAUGAUUGCCGAGCGGCUCGUCGGAAAGACGCUCGCGGAACUAACACAGAACAUGGGGCAGACCUGGCGGCAUCUGGUGUCCGACUCACAGCUCCGUUGGGUCGGCCCAGAAAAAGGCGUCAUUCACCUCGGUCUUAGCACGUGCGUCAACGCUGUCUGGGAUCUCUGGGGUCGAUAUCUGAACAAGCCGGUCUGGAAGAUUGUCGCCGACAUGACGCCGGAAGAAUUUGUCAACUGCAUUGAUUUCCGGUACAUUGUCGACGCCAUCACUCCGGAAGAAGCCAUUGCGCUGCUGCGUGAGCAGGAAAAGACCAAAGCUGCACGGCUGGAGGAAGCACGCAUCAGUAGGGCCGUGCCGGCAUACACAACGCAGGCGGGCUGGCUGGGCUUUUCUGAUGAAAAGAUGGUGCAGCUGAUCAAGUCGAAUCUUGCUCUCGGCAUGGAUAAAUUCAAGUUCAAAGUUGGUGGUAACUUGGAAGACGAUAUACGCCGAUUGCAGAUUGCUCGUGAUACUAUUGGAUACGACCGCAUGCUUAUGGUUGACGCCAACCAAGUGUGGAGCGUACCGGAUGCAAUCGAGUACAUGCUGCAACUUGUCAAGUAUAAGCCACUAUUCAUCGAAGAGCCGACUUCGCCUGAUGAUAUCCUCGGCCACGCCGCGAUCAGAAGGGCUUUGAAGCCACAUGGGGUCGGCGUAGCUACCGGCGAGCACUGCCAAAACCGCGUCAUGUUCAAGCAGCUGCUCCAGGCCGGAUCAAUCGACUAUUGCCAAAUCGAUGCUUGCAGAUUAGGCGGUGUUAACGAAGUCAUGGCUGUUCUGCUAAUGGCAAAGAAAUUCAACGUCCCAAUUGUACCCCACAGCGGAGGCAUUGGCCUCAACGAAUACACGCAGCACCUCGCUUUAAUAAACUAUUUAUGCGUAGCGGGGGAAAAGAGUCUGCUAGAACACAUCAACUCGUUUCGUGAAGUCUUGACAAACCCUUGUCAGACCAAGGACGGCCAUUUCGUCACACCAAACGAGCCAGGAUACAGCGUAGAGUAUACACCCGAUGCGAUUGAGAUGUACACAUACCCUUCGGGCAGCUUCUGGAAGAGUGAGCAGGGACAGGCGAUCAUAAACGAACCAAAGAUAUAA